GCCCCGCCCCGCCCCGCCCCUCCCGCGGCGCCGACGUGGAAGUCCCGAGGACGGACCGGGGCCGGCCUGCGAUCGCGGGGGCCGCGGCCGGAGCCGGGCGAGCGGAGGUGGCGGCGCCGAGGUCGAGUAGGAGUCGCUGCCGAGCGCAGGCGAGGGAGGACCGACGCGCAUCAUGGGUGGCUUUUUCUCAAGUAUUUUUUCCAGCCUCUUUGGAACCCGGGAAAUGAGGAUUUUAAUUUUGGGAUUGGAUGGUGCAGGAAAAACCACAAUUUUGUACAGGUUGCAGGUCGGAGAAGUUGUUACAACUAUUCCUACCAUCGGAUUUAAUGUAGAGACGGUGACAUACAAAAACCUGAAAUUCCAGGUGUGGGAUUUAGGAGGACAGACAAGUAUCAGGCCGUACUGGAGAUGCUACUACUCAAACACGGAUGCGGUCAUUUACGUGGUGGACAGCUGUGACCGGGACCGGAUUGGCAUCUCCAAGUCGGAGCUGGUCGCCAUGCUGGAGGAGGAGGAGCUGAGGAAGGCCAUCCUGGUGGUGUUUGCGAACAAGCAGGACAUGGAGCAGGCCAUGACGCCCUCAGAGAUGGCGAACGCCCUGGGCCUGCCCGCUCUGAAGGACCGGAAGUGGCAGAUUUUCAAGACGUCGGCCACCAAGGGCACUGGCCUGGACGAGGCCAUGGAGUGGCUGGUGGAGACGUUGAAGAGCAGGCAGUAGUGCUGGGGCUGCUCCUGCGCCGUGAGGAAGCGUCUGGCUGCUGCGGGGAACCUGAUGGCAUUGCCCAGGCAGAGCCUCCCCUCCGUCCCGUACAGUGCGCCUCUCACCUCGGGACGAAGUGUUUCCCGGGCGUGUGCGGUUCUUGUUAAAUGGCUCUGGGCUCUGGUGAAGGACGCGCCUCCCCCUCCCCUUCCUCUCCCCCUUCCUCUUCUUCCCCCUCCUCUCCCUCCUCCUCUUCUUCCUCUUCUUCCCCCUCCCCUCUGAGGGACCCCCCCCACACACACACACACUCCGGAGUCGUCCUGGCUGUGUGAACACUAACAAUCGCCCAGAUCUCCCCUUCUCCCCGAGAGGCGCCCGCCCUCCCCUUGAGUGUGGCUGUCCUCAGACAGGACUUAGUGGUUACGCACGGUCCCGCGUGGGCAGUGCGGGCUGUGGCGGUCGAGGCCCGAGCUCCCACCUCGGGCUUGGCCGGCGGCCUCCCCCAGCAGCCCUAGCUGGCUUAGGCUGACGCGUUCUCAGCACACAUUCAUGGUAAAGGAAAUAAAAUCUAUUUUAAGAAGCAUUA